AUGGACCAUCGGAUCCUGCCCGGAGUCCUGCGGUUCAUCCUCUCUGGCAUCCUGCACCGCAGCCUCCUCACCCCACCGUACUCCAUCGCCGGCUGUCAAGCUUUCCUUGCCAAAAUGUUGCACCUCGGCCUCACCCCACUGCUCGUGCUGGUGCUGGGGGUCAGCCUGGGGGCUGCCUUUCCCCAUGACACCCUGGGGAAGGGCUGCAGGCUGUCCCAGUACCAGAGCAUUGCACCCGAGCAGCGGCAUGCUGUGGACAGGAUGAGACAAGAGUUUGUGACCACCCACAAAUGCAACACCAAGCUCUUCCACCGGAAAUGGAACGCAGUGAACCUGCCGAUGUCCGACCGAGUGCUGCUGGUGGCGGCCGAGCUGAACCUCACCACUGCCAUGCUGGGGCUGCCCGCUGCCCCCGGCUUUGCCGAGCUGUGCCGGGAGCCCCUGCACUUCUUCAGGACCGCCCGGGAGGCCGUGCAGGGCUGUGUGAGUGUGGAUCCUUCGCACCAGCCCUCGGGCAGGCUGAGGCACUGGCUGCACAAGCUGCACAACGCCAUGCGAGCGGAGAGCACGGAGUGCCUCAGGGCCACCACCAUCCUGCACGUCCUGCAGGUGCUGGACAACCUGCGCUGCGCUGCCCUGCAGGACAAGUGCUGA